AAGCAUUGGUAUAAACACGAAGUACGGAGAAAGAAAGAGAAACUUUAAUAAUUUCUCAUCAAUUUUCAAAUUUCUUUUUGGUAUGAAACGCCAUUGCAGAAGGAAUGUGUUUUAAUACCUUCACGAAACAUGAGGAUUUUACUAUUUUUAUUCUUAACAAUUAUUGGCAUCGAGUGUCGAAGUUCAGUAAAUCCUAACUGUCAGUGUCCUGGCGAAAAAAUACAGAAUGGAAAAUGUUCACCAGAAACUAAUUGUAAAUGGCUGUGUAACAAUGGUUACUGGGGGGAAAAGUGUGAAUAUGGACGAAUAAGGUUAACAUCAAGGAGUGGAUUUAUCACAGAUGAUUUUGAUAACUACCUUGUAUCUUCAAAGAGAAUAUGGUUGAUUGAUACUGGGAACAGACCAAAUGUUACGAUCCAUUUUCAAAUUGAUGAACUUCACACAGAAUGUAACUGGGAUCAUUUGUACAUAUUUGAUGGUGAUUCUACCCAAUCACCCUUGCUUGCAGCUUUCAAUGGCCAUUUACUGACCAAGUCAAAUGUAACAUUUGGAAAUGUUCCUCAACAGAUUAUUGCAAGAUCUGGGAAAGCUUUUAUUUAUUUUUACAGUGAUGAGAAUGAAGUUAGAUCAGGUUUUAAUAUUUCAUACAGAUUUAUUGAUAAUUGUUCUUGCAUCAAUGGUAAAUGUAACAUAGCUGGACUAUGUACAUGUCAUGAUGGCUGGAGUGGUCAUUAUUGUGAUAUUCCUUUAAAUUGCUCCUGUGUAAAUGGAGUUUGUAAUGAUACGGAUUGUCACUGUGCUUAUGGUUUUACUGGGAAAAAAUGUGACAAACCAAUUACGUCGUCCUACUGGCAUGAAGUUGAGAUACAUAACACAGAUUCUUUCAUCUCUCCCCGGGCCUCUCAUGCAGCAGCAAUUAUUGGGGAUCACCUAUGGAUAUAUGGUGGAUACAUGUUUUCCUUGGUGAACAAUAGAACAUUGAAUUAUUUAUACAGAUAUGACAUCAUUAAUAAGACAUGGACAGGAUUUAUGUCUAGUUGCGAUGAAAAGUCAACUUGGGGACAUUCAAUGGUUGCAUAUCAGCACAGACUUUUCAUAUUUGGUGGUGAAUUUAGCAAUGGUAGGAUUACAGAUCGACUUCUUGAGUACAACACAGUUACAAAACAAUGCAAGUAUUUAAACUCAUCGUCCAUUGGCGUUAAAGAUCAUACAGCUACGGUUGUUGGGGAUAAAAUGAUUGUUCUUUUUGGUUUGUCUAACGAUGGUCCUAGUUCUCGCGUGCAAGAAUUUGACUUAGGAAAAUUGCGGUGGAUUUUGAAUGAAAACAAGUCGACGAUCAAAGAUGCAAGAUUUGGACAUACGAGUGUUUAUGAUGAUCAAUCUAAAGAAAUUUAUAUUUAUGGUGGUUUAAUGAUUGUAAACGGAACUUCAACUUUAUUACCUUCAGACUCGUUAAUUUCUUACAACUUGCUCAAUAGAACUUGGCAUUUUCUUCCGUCAAGUGGAUUUCAGUUAGCACAUCAUUCUGCUGUAAUAAUGGAUAAAAUGAUUCUCGUAUUUGGUGGAAAUCCUUAUGUGAACGGCCAGGUCAACAAAAAUCGAUGUCAUACAACAAGAUUGCAUUUAUAUGAUAUUGCUUGUCAAAAAUGGUAUUUCGAUGAUUUAACACAGAUUUCUGAAACAUUAGCUCGCUAUGGACAUUCUGCCGUGUCAAAGGACAGAACAAUGUAUAUAUUUGGUGGCUUUAAUGGUGCUCUAUUUAAUGACAUUCUCUCAUACACCCACGGGAUUUGCGAUCGAAUCACGAAUGAAAGUGAAUGCUUAAAAAACUACGUAUCAUCUGGUUGUUACUGGAAUAAUUCACGAUGUUUUAGUAAAGGAAGUGUAAAAGAAACGCUGCAAUGUCCUGGAGAAUACAGAGCAAAAUGUGAAGAAAUUUUAUCAUGUAAAGAAUGCACGUCUAUUUCAUAUUGUGCAUGGAAUCAUUCAUCAUGUCGGGAAAAUGAAAGUGGCGAUGUUUGUCCUACUACGGGAAAAUAUUUAAAUGAAAAUAGCUUAUCAAAGUUUGCGAAGUCUUCUUGUUCAUUACAUUCUUCAAGUAAAGAUUGUCUUAGUGAAAGUUGUUUAUGGUGUGAGAAUCUCGGUCGUUGUAUACAUAAUGAUUUAUACACUGCUUAUUAUACAUAUGGUCAAUGUUUUGAAUGGGUCACUAAGAAUAACCGCAAAGAUAUUUCCUGUGAAGCUCAAGAAACAUGUCUUAAUUGUCUAAAAUUACCGAGUUGUGGUUGGAGUGAGAAUUCUCUUCGUAAUGGCUUAGGUCGAUGUCUUCAAGGAAGUGCACGUGCCCCAAAAGAUAAUUCUCUCAGCACUAAAUUCUGGCAUUUCAUCCACUGUCCAUUAUGCCAAUGUAACGGUCAUAGCAACUGUAGCGUUGAUUCUAAUGUUUGUUUGAAAUGUCGAGAUCAUUCUACAGGUGAAAAAUGUGAAAGAUGUGCUCCAGGUUAUUAUGGCAACCCAAGCAACGGAGGAAAAUGUAAACCAUGUGAGUGCAAUGGUCACGCUGAUACAUGUAAUCCAGUAAAUGGUAAAUGUAACUGUAGAAUGAGAGGUGUUAUUGGAGAUAUGUGUGAUAGAUGUUUAGAAACACAAUAUGAAGGAAAUGCUACCAAUGGAGGAUAUUGUUUUUAUAUACUAACUCCUGGUUUUUUAUAUAAAAUCAACGUUUCAGACAAGAAAACUGUUAAUUUCGUUAGUCGACCCGAUCAAUCUGAUGAAAAUGCCAUAGUGACUGUCGAAAUUAAUGAACAAAACAAGAGCAAUCCAACAAUGUUGAAUAUUUCUGUUGGAAGUGACGUAAUGCAAGAGUAUUAUGUAAGAAACGUUAUCUCAUUGUCUUCACGAUAUCAGUUGAAAUUCUCCAAAGAUUAUUAUUCAUUUGGUUCUCAUGGUUUUUACUUCCAUAUUUUUUUGUACAAUUUACAUCCAAAUUCUGUGAUUUCCAUAUCAGUUCAUCAGCCUCAUGAAGAAACUAUCGAUCUUUUGAAAUUCUUCAUCGUUUUUAUAUCCUGUUUUGUAGGAUUGCUCUUACUAGCUGUGUUAACGUGGAAAGCAAAGUCAUUUAUCGAAACUUUACGGCGAAAUCGAAGACAUAACGUUGAGAUGGUUUACAUGACAAACCGUCCUUUUGCUGCUGCUCCAAUAUGUGUUGAUAAACCUGGAUAUGUACCAAUGACCGGUAAGCCAUCGCCGCUCACAUCCGAAAUUUGUUAUGGUAACAAGGCAGCUGUUGUCACUGUUUUGGUUCGUUUACCCGUAUGUGGGCAGUCUGAUAGUAGUAAUGGAGCGUCACCUCUAUGUUUGGGAAGUACCUUAGUUAACUUUGGUGAUCAACAUAACUCAAAAGUUGUCAAUUAUGUAAAAAAUAUUAAAAGAAGACGAAAUCCGUUUUGCUCGACGACAACGUAGAAAAGAAUGAGAUUAAAGAUGUAAGUUUUUUAAUAUCAUCACGGAAUUCAGAUCGUUUCCAUAUUUUCAUAUUCACAUGUUCGACUCAAACUCAUCAUAAAAUGACAAAGGAGUACUCUAGCCUCGAUUUUGUCCAUUUCUUGAUGAAAAUUGCUAUUUGACUGUACUUCUCUUUUGACAAAAAAAAGUGGUAUAGACGAUUGCUGUUCUUAUAACUGAAACAAACUGUCAUACGUUUGUAUAAUUAGACAAUUUAACUUUGUAUUUAUAUUAUAAUAUUUUAUUUAAAAUUGUACAACACGAAUUCAAAUUGUA